AUGUAUCUCGCACCUCCAGUCUGGGUGCAGCGUCUUGAGAGUUUAAGUGGCAAGGCACGGCUGCCCCGAAGCGUUCAAGCCGUAUAUCUACGGCCGCUUCGUAGAAAGGCUGAAUAUGGUCUUCCAGUGUGUGAUCUACAGUUGAGAUCAUACAGCGUUCGAAAUGUUGAAUUCUUUUCGGAUUUCGCUAUACGAGCUGCAUAUUACUUAGGUCUUCCGGUCUCUGGGCCUGUACCUUUACCACGCAUUGUCGAAAGAUGGACUGUGCCCCGAAGCAAUUUUGUUCACAAGAAGAGCCAAGAGAACUUUGAGCGUAUAACCCUGCGUCGGCUGAUUCAGGUCAAAGAUGGGAAUCCACAGACUGUCCAGGCGUGGCUGGCUUUUUUGAGGAAAUAUGCAUUUCAUGGAGUGGGUAUGAAAGCAAACAUGUGGGAAUACGACAGUCUCGAUGUCGUCGAGAACUUGGACAGAGCGGGUCCAGAAACCGAAAAGUCACUUGAAGGACUCCUUUCACAAUUCGGUCAAAGACAAGAUACAAAAUCGGACGAUUCUCUUGUUGAAAUUCUGAACAAAGACCACCUGGUCACACUGAAGAGCCCCUUAUCAGAGGGAUCAUUUAGCAUCUGUACUACAAAACGCGCUUCCGAUGCACCCCGCACGAUUUUUUCUGGUAUCCAGCCUACAGGUGUGCCUCACUUGGGUAAUUACUUGGGUGCUUUGAAGGAAUGGGUUCGAUUGCAAGACACCGCGAGCGAUGGGACAAGACUUGUAUUCUCUAUCGUGGAUUUACAUGCGCUCACAGUGCCCCAAGAACGCUGCCAAUUGAGGAGCUGGAGGAAACAAAUGCUCGCCGCGUUGAUUGCCGUGGGCUUAGAUCCAAACCGCUCCACGCUCUUCUAUCAAUCCGCCGUUCAAUCACAUGCUGAGCUGUUCUGGAUCUUAUGCACGAUAGCAUCUAUGGGAUACCUAUCUCGAAUGACUCAAUGGAAAAGCAAGCUUCAGUUACCCGACGAGGCGACUCUCGAAAGCCAAGCAGCAAGAUCCGAGUUACGGCUUGGCCUUUUUUCAUACCCUGUUCUCCAAGCAGCGGACAUACUUGUUCACAGAGCUACCCACGUUCCAGUUGGAGAGGAUCAAAGGCAACAUCUCGAAUUCUCUCGGAAUAUUGCGAAUAGUUUUAACCAUCGAUAUGGUCAGGUUUUUCCAGUUCCGGAGGCUCUUAUAUCACCCGCUAGGCGAGUGAUGUCUCUCAAAGAGCCUAAUCUUAAGAUGUCCAAGUCUCAUAGUGACCCACGAUCCAGAAUUCUUCUCACCGACUCCUCUGAGGAAAUUCGUAAGAAGAUCAAGGUUGCGCUCACGGAUUCGGAAGCAGGCGUAACGUACGACCCCAUUGGCAGGCCCGGUGUGUCGAAUCUCUUAGAGCUUCUUAGUCAUUUUGACGGAAGAACAUGCGAGGAUUUAGUCUCGGAGCACCGAUUUUCUAGUCUCAGGGCUCUGAAGGAAACCCUAGCAAAUCAGAUCUCGAGCAAGCUUGCGCCUAUCAGGGAAAGAUACUUACAACUAAUUGCGGACAAGGGCGGGUAUCUAGAUGCUGUCGCUGAACAGGGAAAGCAUACAGCCAGGACCAAUGCCGAACAGACUAUGAGCCAUGUCAGGAAUGUAAUAGGUCUAUGA